ACACACUCACAACAAAACGCUUCCAUUUUGAGAAUUCUAUUAGUAAAUGUUCCUCACACGUAUGGCGCUGUAGUCAUUUUAGUUUUAAACAUGGUGGACAAGUUGUUGUAUAAUACGAUAUUGUCACAAACGUUUUCACCAUGCGGCAGUUAUCUUCUUGUGGGAAAUACUUACGGAGAUAUUGCUGUUUAUGAUCUACAGAAAAUAUUAAGCCCUGGAGAUGGCCUGACUCCAUCCUGUAGGAAAGCUGAAUAUCAUUUCUCUGUAAAACAAGAUGUUCAGAUCUGCAGCCUGGUCACAACUGAGAAAUUUCUUCUUAUUGGAAUGGUUGGAGAAAUUACAGGCUGGGACUGGAAAACCAUAACAUACAGCAAGAACCCAAAACUAGCAUUCAGCAUACAGAUUCCUACUGCAAAAGACGCUCUAGAGAAGCCUGAUGUCAAUUCCAUGUUGUACUGUAAGACAAAUGGUCAUAUAUAUGCAGGUUGUGGUGACAACAAAAUUUACAUCUUUAGUCUGGAGGAUGGAAAGCUGAUAAGAACCAUGGAAGGUCAUGAUGACUAUAUCCACAGUAUACAUAAUAUUGGUUCGCAGCUUGUGUCAGCAAGUGAGGAUGGUUCUGUAAGAUUGUGGGACUUGAAGCAGGAGGCACACACAAACACUGUACAGCCGUACCUGAGUGACAAAUUGGCACGGCCAGAACUGGGAAAGUGGAUCGGUGCUGCAUCCUUAAGUGAAGAUUGGUUGUUGUGUGGUGGAGGACCAAGACUUUCAUUGUGGCAUCUUCGAUCACUAGAUGUUACAACAGCCUUUCAGUUGGAUGAUUCUGGCAUCCAUGUAGCCAUGUUCUAUGAUGAUCGCAUCAUGGCAGGAGGAGCCAGUCCAUACUUCUAUAAUCUCAGUUAUACAGGAGAUACCUAUGCACAAAUUCCAUCUUCUUCUAUAUCAGUUUAUACUGCAGUGUUUCAAGAAACCCCACUCAAGGUAAUGUGUAUGGCUGGUUCCAGUUGUAAGAUAGAUCUAUGUACGAACUUCAGUUACCGUGAUCAGAUUCUUACAUUUGCCUCUUGACAUAAUUCUAUUGGAAGAUAUGCUGUCCCUAUACGUACUUUUGUCAUGAGAAUGUGUUAUUUACCUACUUGAAAUAAAGUACAAUGAAACUCA